UAGAAAUCGAUUUGCGGUACAAGCUAUAAGUGUACAUACAUACAAUCCUCAUCAGUCACCGUUCACUGGCGUAACGAAUCGCGCGGCGUGUGUUGCAUUUUGCAUCAUUUUACCCAGUAAACGGGAAAGGAUUAAAAUUUUUUAAUUUAUAGAUUGAAAAGGAUUUGGUCUUCGUGGAAAUAAAUGCAUUUCUAUUUUUUAUAAUACAACUAUAAAUAUAAUAUUAAUAUUAUAUGAUCUUUUUUGGAUUUAGAUGAAUUGAAACAAUGCAUUUCCUAGUCACAAUUUUUAACUGAAUAACAUUCAUGAUUCAUUUUCACGGAAAAACUUUUUUUUGAAUUUAAUUAGAAAAAAUGCAUUUCCUAUCUAGAAUUUUGAAUUAACCAGUAUUCACGAUUUACUUUUUAAAGCUGAUUUUUUUUUUAAUAUUAAAUGGCAUAGAAAAUGUACUUCAUGAUUAUUCCUAUAAAUGAAUACAAAUAAGGCAUUAUAAUAGGCAUAUUGAAAUGGAUUUAGAUUUUUAGAAGUACGCGUUUGUGAACGUUGCAAUAAAUCUUUUUCAAUCUAUUUCAACCCAUUCUCAUUUAAUUACUGGGUAGGUAUAAAAUUUUAUAAACGGUUCUGACGAAACCUGCCGGGUGUGUUACGCACCUAUAAGACUGCAUUUAUUCCGUGUGCGAGGACCAGGGCCAUCCGAAGGAAGAAUUAAGACACCGGCCUUACUGCUCGUGGUAGCUCGGCUCGGCUCGGCGACAGCUCGUAUCUGUAUAUCAUUCAAGCGUGUGUUUUGAGCGAUCAACUCCGUGAUCGUGAAUCCGAUGAAAAAUUGACAAAUCAACAUGUCACGAUUGUGCAUUUCAAAAUUGUGUCCCGCGAUAAAAAAUACUGGAACGCUAGAGACGCUUUCGAGUCGAAAGCACUUUAAAAACGGCGAUUGUUUCAAUGCUAUGUGUUGGGGCUGUCGGAGAGGUUAUAUUCAGCGGCAAGGCAUAGCCUUGUUGCUAGCACCUCGAAUCUAUACUCAAUACAGAUUACUGGAUAGAAUUCUCUUAGAUUUUUCUGGAGCCCUUUCAACAAUUACGAAAAAAAAGUACGAAGAGCACGGCAACAAGCGUGACAGGAGACAUUACAAGCAUCUUGGAAUGCUUCUGGGCAGUCUUGGGCUUGUAGUGGCUUUUUGUGACACUUCACAUCUUAAAGAAAAAAGAUUUUUUCGCGCUGUCCAAUAUGGUAAUAUUUCAGAAUUAAAGAAGUCUAUAGCAGAUGGCAUUGAUGUAAAUACUAGACAUCCAUUAGGUUGGACAGCAUUGCAAACUGCUGCUAUAAAUCAAAGGGAAGAAAUUAUAAAAAUUCUAUUGAAAAAUGGUGCUGAUGUAAAUGCAGGAGAUAACUUUGUUAAUGUAUAUAGAACUGCUAUGGAAAAGGGCUUACAUUCUGUGGAUGUUCUCACAAAGAGAGAAGAGGAAUUUUCUGAUCGACUGAAUAAUCGAGCUUCUUUCCAAGGUUUUACAGCAUUACAUUAUGCUGUGUUAGCUGAUUCAAAAGCUUGUGUGAAAGCAUUAUUAGAUGGAGGAGCAAAUCCAACUAUAGAAAAUGAAACGGGAUAUAGAGCAGUUGAAUAUGCUAAAGAAGGAGAAAUCAAAGAGAUGCUCAUUAAACAUGCCAUUAAAUAUGAUGAAAUGGUAAAACAAAAGGAAGCAGAGGAACGUCGCAGGUUUCCAUUAGAACAACGUUUGAAGCAACAUAUUGUAGGACAGGAAGGACCAAUUUCUAUCGUUGCUUCCACUAUCAGAAGGAAAGAGAAUGGUUGGAUAGAUGAGGAGCAUCCACUAGUAUUUCUCUUUUUGGGUUCGUCGGGCAUUGGCAAGACAGAAUUAGCCAAGCAAUUAGCCGCUUAUAUUCACAGAAAUAAAUCGGACAGUUUUAUUCGAUUGGAUAUGUCUGAAUAUCAAGGGAAACAUGAAGUUGCAAAAUUGAUUGGAGCACCACCAGGAUAUGUGGGACAUGAUGAUGGUGGACAACUGACAAAACUUUUGAAAAAGUGUCCUGCUGCUGUUGUAUUAUUUGAUGAGGUUGACAAAGCCCACCCUGAUGUUUUAACUGUUUUGCUACAGCUUUUUGAUGAGGGAAGACUAACUGACGGUAAAGGAAAGACAAUCGAAUGUAAAAAUGCUAUUUUUAUAAUGACAUCAAAUUUAGGAAGCGAGGAAAUUGCAGAACACGCAAUGCAACUCAGAGCAGAAGCUGAAAAUCUAUUAAACCACAGAUUAGUCAAUACUGCUGAUGAAGAUCAAGAGCCUGAACGUAUUGAGAUAUCUCGUAAUUUUAAGGAUCAAGUAGUACGCCCAAUACUUAAAAAUCAUUUUCGGAGAGAUGAGUUUUUGGGAAGAAUAAAUGAAAUUGUAUAUUUCUUACCAUUUUCUCGGGCAGAAUUAAUAGAAUUAGUCGCCAGAGAAUUAAAAGCAUGGGCUGCACGUGCAAAGGAAAGACAUAUGAUUGAAUUAAAAUGGGACAGAGAGGUUCUAUCAGUAUUAGCGGAUGGAUACGAUGUUCAUUAUGGUGCUCGUUCCAUCAAGUACGAAGUGGAAAGGCGUAUUGUUAAUCAAUUAGCAGCAGCUCACGAACGAGGAGAACUUGGUAGAGGAUGCUGUGUAUUGUUAAAAGCAAAGUGGCAUGAAAGUGGAGCAAGCAUAACUCUUUCUGUUCAGCAGAAGGGUUCAAAAAAGUUUGUUGAUAUUGUAGAAACAGAUAAAUUAACGAAAAAUAUUAGUUCAAAAUUCUUAUAACUAUAAAAUAGUGUUGUAUUAAUAACUUAUACAAAACAUGUUGUUAUUUGAAAAGAAAGAUUAUGUGCAAAAAUCUGAUGAUUUGUUAUGAUACAAUGUAUAAAUGCAUAAAUAAAAAAGACUUAAAUUUAA